UUUAGUACACAAAUUAUUUUUCUGAAGCUCAAUUUUUAGUUGAUUUACUAUCGAUAUAAGAUCAAAACCCGAGUUCUUGGUUUGCAGAAAGCCAGCGCCUAUUUUAGUGUGUAAAGCGGCUAAUAAUGCAAAGAUGGUGGCCAGUGCAGUGGUCAGAGCUUGUGCUGGUUCUGCUCUUGGUCGCUGCUUCACAGGCUGCGUCUGGCCGACCACCGCAUAACACAACGAUAGCUAAACCCAGUCAACUGAAGAACAACAGUUUCUGCCAAAGCCGCCUCUUUUGGCGCCUUCCCGCCAAGGACACCUGCCCAGGCUCCAUACUGCCGUUGCGUGGUACCGUGUAUAUACUCUACGAUGUCAACAUCUCCGAAGGCUUCAAUCUGCGUCGUGAUGUGUACAUACGCAUGGCGGUUUUUGUACGUCGCCUGCGACACCGCAAACGUUUUCGCAAUGUCCGACUCGUCCUACCGCCCUGGCCACGUCUCUAUCACUGGCACUCACAUGGCCUGGGCCAGAGCGAUCUGAUGUGGCGCAACUUCUUCGAUUUAGAUAGUCUCCGUCGCUACGCGCCAGUCCUCGACUACGACGAGUUCGUGGCUGAAUAUCGCCAAUUCGGGAUGCCAGCGCCGCCCUACGUCCACGUCUCCCAGGCCUUUCGACUGACACACUACGAAAUUAUGAAGGAGCAGGGUAUUUUCCGGGACAAGUACGAACGCAUAACACCAGGUGCCAGCGAUGACUCCAAUGGCCAUCGCAUGGAAGCCUGCAAUGAGAACUCCAUCAGUGGAGGUCCGCUGCUGCAGCAACGACUUCUACGCUACGGCCGUUAUCACUGUGUGCGAUUCCAAGGCAGUGCUGGCCUGCUGCAGCGCAUGCUCCGCGAGGCUAUUGAUGAGGACACGUCAGGUGUCGAAGAUGCCGACGACAUGCGCGUCUAUGCGGUGCUCAGCGCCGAGACCGUUCUGCACGACAAUUGGGGCGACGAGCACUUUUGGCUAGCGCGGCGCUCGAUGCGCUUUGCCCAGUCCCUUAACCAGGUGGCCGCAGACUUUAGGCUUAUGUCGCUCAGUACCACGGAGACAACGGCCGGCGUGCAACGACCCGCCAUGUGGGAACUAGAGCGACCCAAGCGCGAUGCACGCGGUGGCGACUACUUGUGCGCCCAUCUUCGACGUGGCGACUUCGUGAGGUCGCGGGAAUCAACCACGCCCACACUCAAGGCGGCGGCACAGCAGAUAAAGCAAUUGCUGCGUGCAUUCAACUUGACCACGGUGUUUGUGGCCAGCGAUGCGACGCCAUAUGAGCUGCUCGAGCUGAAGGAGCUCUUCUAUAGAUUCCGCUUUGUGCACUUUACGCCGGAGUCGAAUGUGCAGCGACAGCAGCUGAAGGAUGGCGGUGUGGCCAUAGUCGAUCAGCUGAUCUGCGCCUAUGCCCGCCACUUUGUGGGCACGUACGAGAGCACGUUCACCUACCGCAUCUACGAGGAGCGCGAGAUUCUCGGCUUUAGCAAGUCGAGCACCUUCAAUACAUUCUGCAAGGCAUUGGGCGGCAUCUGUGCCCGUAAUGCCGUCUGGCCCAUUGUCUGGAAUGAUGACGAUGAGAGGUUUUAUUAACUGUAUUUCUUAUGUUUAUUAUCUACUGACAACAAAUAACGGCCACUCAUUUUUUUAAGUGUAACAGUUAAGUGUACUUUACGUAGGAUUAUUUUUGAAUAUUGUGAAACUUCGAACAAACUGCGAUGCCAUACCAAAAAAUUAAACACAUUUUAAACGUACAUUGCCACUGAACUACACUCACACACACACACAUUUACAUAUAUAUAUGGAAUACGAUAUCUACUACUAUUUUGGGUAUACAGGGAGAACUGAUAAAGGUAUGUCAUGUACAGUUAAAUUUCUUUAAUUUGUAUUAUAAGUUAUUUUAAACAACUUCGCUUCGCAUAUUUAAAUAAACGAUAAAAUACUAGGUGUCACAAAA